AUGUCACCUCAUGUGAGCGCAUCCGAUCUCACACCGCCUAAACUGUCCGGCAAGACAGGUAGCAAGGUCGUCGGUCAGAAGCUACUCUAUGGCGUCUCACUCUUCUUGUCAAUCGGUGUAUGGCUCUUUGGGUUCGAUCAGGGUGUCAUGUCCGGGCUCAUCACGAACCCGUAUUUCAAGAAGUUCUUCAAUAACCCAACAGCAUCAGAACUCGGGAAUAUGGUGGCUAUCCUCGAGAUCGGAGCUUUCAUCACCUCCCUCCUCUCAGCACACCUAUCAGAUACAAAAGGUCGGCGAUUCACCCUCUUCCUCGGCGCAUGCAUCUUCACCGUAGGAGGUGCGAUACAGACCUUGACGAUGGGGUACACGAUGAUGCUCGUCGGGAGGAUCAUCAGUGGUUCAGGGGUGGGGUUGUUAAGCUCGGUAGUGCCCAUGUACCAGAGCGAGAUUUCGCCGGCGGAUCAUAGAGGAAAGCUGGCGUGCAUAGAAUUCACCUUGAAUAUCGUCGGAUAUGCCUCGUCAAUCUGGAUCGACUAUUUCUGCUCGUAUAUCGAGUCGGACGCCGCAUGGCGUAUCCCCCUCUCAAUCCAAUGCAUCGGCGGAUUGAUCCUCGCCAUCGGCGCUCUAGCCCUGCCAGAGUCUCCUCGAUACGCAAUCGACAAGGAUAUGGACGAGGAAGGAUUGAAGAUCCUGGCCGACUUUCACAAUGGAGACCUCGAUGACCCGGUCACCAAGGAAGAAUUUAGGAUCAUCAAAGAGGCUGUUCUCAAGGAUAGGUUGGUCCCAGAUAGGAGCUACAAGGCGUUGUGGACGAGGUAUAGGUCGAGGGUUUUGAUCGCCAUGAGCAGUCAGGCCAUGGCGCAAAUGGCUGGAAUCAACGUCGUUUCAUAUUACGCCCCGCUGGUGUUCGAGCAGGCUGGUUGGAUCGGCAGGGACGCCAUUCUGAUGACUGGAAUCAACGGAUUGUUCUACGUCGCUUCGUCGAUCGUCCCCUGGUUUAUCGUCGAUACGCUCGGUCGGAGGCCUAUCCUUCUGACCGGGGCCGUCAUCAUGGCAAUCGCCCUGACGGCUACUGGCUGGUGGAUCUACAUCGAUCAAGCGAUCACACCCAAAGCAGGCGAGUCGCGACUCCGGUUUCUUCAAGAUGUGGUGGUCUGCAUUGUUGUCUACAAUGCGGCGUUCGGAAUGUCGUUCGGACCUAUCCCGUGGCUGUACCCACCUGAGAUCAUGCCGUUGCCUUUCCGAGCCAAGGGAGUAUCGUUAUCGACCGCAACCAACUGGUUCUUCAACUAUAUCGUCGGAGUCAUGACCCCCGUGUUGCAAGAACUCAUCACAUGGAGAUUAUACCCUUUCCAUGCUGGUUGGUGUGCCUUGGCAUUCGUAAUAGUCUACUUUUUGUUUCCCGAGACGGCAAGUUUUGCUUUGCGUGCUGGAAUCAACCUGGAAGACAUGGGCGACUUGUUCGGGGACGAGAAAGUCGAGUCCGACUCGGACGACGACGACGACGAGAACGAUGCUGAUGGCGACGAAGAGUCGUCGCUGUACUCGGGUACACCUACGAGCAGUCGACCGGGCAGUCGCGCCGGUUCGCGAACACGGACGACCAGGCAAAACUCUUCGAGCAAGUUGCUCGAGAAUGGCAACCCGAAGGGAAUGAUGAAACGAAUGUUUGACGCGAUGCGAGGGAAGAAUGACGUGAAUUAUACCGAACUGGAUGGGGAUCGACAAUAG